GGAGGGGGAUUUCUGCUUGGGGUUCCGCUGUGCGGCGUGCACUCAGCCCUCCCAGGCCUUUCUCUGUUCGUCCGGGAGCGUCGUUCCCGUGCAGGGGUCUCUAAAGCGGGGAGGAGCGGGCGACGCGUCUCAGAGAGAAGUUGUCUCGGUCUCGUGUCCCGUGUGGGGCUGGCGGGGCUGCAGCUUGCCUAGGCUCCGAAGUUCAGGGGCAGAAGAGUGCCAGACUUCUGUGUUUCUCGAGUUAUGCACAGUUUUGUGUUAAUUUUCAUUCACUGUGGUGUUGGUGGGAAGUCUGAUCCCUGCUGUGCUGCAGUGGCAUGUCAGCCAUCGUGAACAGUCAUCAUAAAAUGGAUACUUUGGGCAGUCUCCUUCCUCCCGUGGUUGGAAAUGGUGAUGUGGCCAAUUCACAAGAAUUGCAAAAGCUUCUGAUUGAUGAAAAAAUGCGCUGUGAACAUCAUAAAGCAAAUUAUCAAACUAUAAAGGCAGAACAUUUAAGGUUACAGGAAGAGUAUACAAAAUCCCAAGAUGAACUGAAGCGGUUGCUGGUUGAAAAGCAGGCUGUACAUGACAAAUUCCAGCUUCUUCUUGCAGAAUACAGAGAGGAGUUGCUGGGUAAAACGCAAGAGUUGGAAAAACUGAAGAUGCAGGUGCUAACUCCUCAAAAAUUAGAGCUGCUAAGAGCACAAAUACAACAGGAAUUGGAAUCUCCAAUGACAGAACGUUAUCGGAAACUAGAAAAUGAAAUGGAAAAAUACAGAACAGAAUAUAACAAACUUCGUUAUGAGCAUACUUUCCUGAAAUCAGAAUUUGAGCAUCAAAAAGAAGAACAUGAACAUGUUUUAGAGGAGGAGAAAAUAAAAUACGAGGCAGAGAUUGCGAGGCUGGAGAAAGAUAAAGAAGAGCUCCAUCAUCAGCUGGUUCGUGUUGAUCCCACGAGGGACAGUAAACGUGUGGAGGUGCUCUCCAGAGAAAAAGCACAACUGUAUCAGAAAUUAAAAGGCUUAGAAGCAGAAGUAGCUGAACUAAGAGCAGAAAGAGACAAUUGUGGUGUACAAGCAGAAAAUGUCCAAAGGGUGCAAGUACGGCAGUUAGCUGAGCUGCAGAGUCUGGCAAGGUCUCUAGAGGCAGAAAAGAAGUCAGCUGAACAACACGUUGGUCGGAUUGAGGAAGAACUGCAGAUGUGUCGUGAGCAGAACUUUCUUUUAACUAGCAAACUUCACAAAUCUGAACAAGAAGUCAAUUCCUUGGCUGCUAAAGUAGAAGAACUUAAACAGUCACACAAAUUAGAAGUGACAAAUGUCAAACUGGAGGCAGCAAGAACUAAGAAUGAAGUAGAAAGAGAGAGAAACAAGAUUCAGAGUGAAAUGGAUGGGUUGCUGUCAGACAAAGAAGUUCUUAAGGAAGCUGUUGAGCGUCAUAAAGUGCUUUUAGUAGAAAAGGAUCAAGAGCUGAUUCGUAAAGUGCAAGCUGCCAAAGAGGAAGUUUUUGGAAAAAUUGCAGCCUUACAGGAUGAAAAGUUAGAACUCGAGAGCAGAUUAGCUCACGUGGAGAAGGUGAAGUUGGAACAGGAUGCUUGGAGACAAACUGAAAAGGAUCAGUACGAAGAGAAGCUACGUGUGGUACAGCUGGCAGAAGAAUCUAGCAAAAGGGAACUUCAGUGUCUGCGAUUAAAAAUUCAACAGCAAGCUAUUCAGACAGAGGAGCUCGAAGAAAAGAAACGUGAAAGAGAUGAUCUAAAGCAGCAAAUUCAAGACAUGCAACUCCAAGUUGCUUCACUUUCUCGGUCAGAAAGUGAUUUGCUGGAAUAUAAUCAGAAGUUGAAGGAAACAGUAGAAAGAUUGAGACAAGAAUGUCAAAAUGCAAGAACUCAAGCAGAAAAAGCCCAACUGGAAACAGAGAAGACUUUAGAAUACAAGCGCAUGGAGUGGCUGGAGGAGAAGCAUCUGCUUACUCAGCGCAUCACAGAGAAGGAAGAGAAAUACAACGAGGUGAAGAACAAGCUGUGUCGAGCUGCAGUUGCUCAAAAAAAGAGAAAGACUCUCAAUGAUAAUAAACAAAGGAGGAUGCAAGAGAAACUGCAACUUUUGGAAGCCAAGAUAGAAGAACUAGAAAAAGAAAACCAGGUGUUAAAUAGGCAGAAUGUUUCCUAUGAAGAAUACACACGUCUCCAGAGGAGACUGAAGGACUUGCAGCGCAGACACAACGAAUUCCGGAGUUUGAUUUUGAAUCCUGGCAUCCCAACCCUGAACCCAGUCAGUGUGACAUCAGCGUCUGUCCCGCCUCCUGGGCCUGACGUGUCCUUCCUCCUCCUUCAGGAAGAACAGCAUCAGAGAGAGCUCUCCCUGCUUCGCAAGCGGCUGGAAGAUCUCGAAACCACGCAGAGAAAGCAGCUGCAGGAGCUUGGGCCGGCUGGGGAGCGGCUCACAGCAGGAACACGCAGGGAGCUGGCAUCCAGCAGGGGAGCAGAGGGAGCUGCUGUGCAGAGCGAGGACUCCACAUAAGGCGUGCAAAGCGUAGGGCUUUGCCAGCACGGAGCUCUGUGGAUUCGAGGUUUGGAUUGUAAACCAGCUGCUGGAAUCCAUGCCUGGAGUGGUACUCUGAAGUUCCCAUGCGGACAAAUGGGGUGAAAUGGGUGCUCCUGACUUUGCUCUUGUCCAUGUGCCUCUUGGUUUUGUAACGGGAAGAAGCAGUGAUCAGUUUUUUUUUUUAAAUAAUGUUGUAGAGAUGAAACAAAUUGCCUUCACAUGAAGAAAACAUGAGUUUGUAUUUGUUGCCACUGUAGCUUGUUUUGUCAGCUACAAUAAAUUUAUUUAUUUAAGGUUUAA